UACAUCGCAUCCGGCCAAGACACUCGGAGUGUACCCACGAUCGAACGGGCCGCCAAGCUGGAUCCCUUUUUCCUGCCCUCUGGAAGAGAUGUGAAGCGUCCAGGUGUACAACGACAGAGCGUCCGGGGCUCAAGAUGAAGCGCUGUCACGGGUGUCAGAAGAUAUAUUACUGCGGCGCGCCAUGCCAGAAAGCACAUUGGCGGGAGCACAAGGAUGCAUGCAAGAGAGGAGACCAUCCGCUGCAGAUGUUGCGAUCGCAGAGAAUCUACUCGACUAUUCUCAACGACGUCAUCAAGCCUGGGGAAGAACGUAGAUUGCUCGAGUACGUUCAUUGUGUUCAUAUCGGUGUUCGAAUGUCUCAUCUGCAGUUUCUAAUUGUUGCACGCAAACCAGAGACCGUGGUUCGAAGGAUCCUGCUGUGUCUGAGGACUGACCACUGUGCGAGGCCGCCUGAUCCAAGUCGUAGUAGUUGUGCCGUACGAAGGAGUCUAACGGAAUGUGCGGGGAGGUGCUCAGAACGAGAACAGUGCUCCGAGUCGGAUGCCUUGUUCCUGUACGAUUAUUCAUCAACAGCCCCGGGAGCCGGCUUCGACGUCGCGCAGUUCGUUAACACCGACGUCGCGAAGCUCGCGUGAGCCACCACCACCGCUCGGGCGGAGCGUGAAUAGGCAGAAUCCAGUAUGCAUUACAGCAGGGAGACCGUAUGAGUGAGUAUAUACCGCCGAGGCCUGUGUCCCUAGCAAGGUCGUGGUAGAAGUACGUAGAUGGUCUUUUGGUGUGUAGCGAUAUAGAGUCGGAGGCACGCAUAGUGAGUGGGCGAGCAGACAGAUGUUCCUACACAGGUCCAUCAAGCGUCCGUGAGGUAAGCUAGAUACUACAGAGGUGCGCGGGCAGUGGGGG